AGAAGGAAUUAUCAACCGCUGGGAAAUUAAAGAUAAUCAAAAUAAUUUUUUAUUUGAACGUUUAAAAAUACAUAAUGUGCAUUAUAAUAUUGAUCAAAUAGACGCAACAUCGCAACACAUUAUAACUAGUUCUAAACAUUUAAUAAAGAUAUUGAAAUAUACAGAUGAUGGAAAAGGUUGUACGGUAGAAAACGAGAUAUUUUGCGGAGAUAUUCUCGCCAAUUCUUAUAUACAAUCAAUCUCAUUUGACCCUAUAGGAACAAAAUUUGCGGCUACUAUCGUUCAUUGCUCUUCUUUUAAGUCGUCGUUUCUAAUUUACGAUAUUGAUAAAAGUUAUCAGAUAAUAAAUAUAAAUAUAAAUGAUCUUUGUCGCCACAUACUAUGGGAGGAUCCUUACACUAUUCUCAUGUGUUGUGGAAAUUCUAUUAAAAAAAUGGAUUUAAGAACAUCCGAAAUUGUACGUACAUGGGAUUCUUCCAAAUAUGGCUACACAAAUUGUUGUUCAUCAGAUAAUAUGAACACUUUUAUGACAGGGCAUCAAAAGAGUGUUCUGUGGGAUCAGAGACAAAGCGUUGCCAUUCAAACGUAUAAUAUGCCUGGCUUAGAUAUAUAUUGUCUAGAAUUUGAUAGUGCCCAUAUGUAUGCUGCUACAAAAGAUUGUCUUUUUGAAUUGGAUUUUACAAAGAAAAACCACUUUAACCAGAAAAAAAUAAAAACAGUGUCAUGGCCGAAACCGGAAAUCCUGCCGGCCUCAGCUCGUUUGACGAAGUUAGCGAUCUAG